GAGCGGGCGAGGUUUCCGGUGUUGUGACUGCGGGGCCGUAAACAUGGCGGUGAGCCUCCGUGCCCGCUCGUUGAGGCACCUCCGCAUCCGAGGUCGCAACGACAGCGGCGAGGAGAACGUCCCCCUCGAUCUCAGCCGAGAACCCUGUGAUAAUAUGAGAGAGAUUCUCCAAAAUGUGGCCAAAUUACAAGGUGUUUCAAAUAUGAGAAAACUAGGUCACUUGAAUAAUUUUACUAAGCUUCUUUGUAAUGCUGGUCAUGCUGAAGAAAAGCUAGGAUUUACAUAUGACAGCAUCAUAAUAUGUCUGAGGUUAGCUUUACUAAAUGAAGCAAAAGAGGUGCGAGCAGCAGGAUUGAGAGCCCUUCGCUAUCUCAUUCGAGACUCCGGUAUUCUCCAGAAGGUGCUCAAGUUGAAAGUGGAUUACUUAAUAGCCAGGUGCAUUGACAUACAGCAGAGUAAUGAAGUAGAAAGAACACAAGCACUUCGAUUAGUCAGAAAGAUGAUCACUGUGAAUGCCUCAUUGUUCCCCAGUUCUAUUACUAAUUCUUUGAUAGCAGUUGGAAACGAUGGUCUUCAAGAAAGAGACAGAAUGGUUCGAGCGUGUAUAGCCAUUAUCUGUGAACUAGCACUGCAGAAUCCAGAGGUGGUGGCUCUUCGGGGUGGUUUAAGUACCAUCUUGAAAAACGUGAUUGAUUGUCAGCUAAGCCGAAUAAAUGAGGCUCUGAUAACUACAGUUUUGCACCUAAUUAAUCAUCCAAAGACCCGACAGUAUGUGCGAGCAGAUGUAGAAUUAGAGCGAAUUUUAGCUCCUUACACAGAUUUUCACUACAGGCAUAAUCCAGACACAGCAGAAGGACAACUCAAAGAGGACAGAGAAGCACGUUUCCUAGCUAGUAAAAUGGGAAUAGUGGCAGCAUUUCGAUCAUGGGCAGGUAUUAUCAGCCUGUGCAAACCUGGAAAUUCUGGGAUUCAGUCUCUUAUUGGGGUACUCUGUAUACCAAAUAUGGAAAUACGGCGAGGUCUGCUUGAAGUUCUAUAUGAUAUAUUUCGCCUUCCUCUCCCUGUUACUGCAGAAGAAUUUAUUGAGGCACUUCUCAGUGUAGAUCCAAGCAGGUUUCAGGACUGCUGGAGACUUUCUGAUGGCUUUGUAGCUGCUGAAGCUAAAACUAUAUUACCCCAUCGAGCCAGAUCAAGGCCUGACCUCAUGGAUAAUUAUUUGGCUUUAGUGCUUUCAGCUUUUAUUACCAAUGGACUUCUAGAGGGUCUGGUUGAAGUGAUCACAAGUAGUGAUGACCAUGUGUCAGUUAGAGCAACUAUCCUUUUAGGAGAACUUUUGCACAUGGCAAACACAAUUCUUCCUCAUUCUCACAGCCAUCACCUGCACUGCUUACCAACGCUAAUGAAUAUGGCAGCAUCUUUUGACAUCAUGAAAGAGAAAAGACUACGAGCAAGUGCUGCACUCAACUGCUUAAAACGUUUUCAUGAGAUGAAGAAAAGAGGACCUAAACCUUACAGCCUCCAUUUAGAUCAUAUUAUUCAAAAAGCAAUCUCAACGCACCAAAGAAGGGAUCAGUACCGUGUGCAGAAAGACAUCUUUAUUUUAAAGGAUACAGAAGAAGCACUUGUAAUGAAUCUUCGAGACAGUCAAGUUCUCAAUCAUAAAGAGAACCUUGACUGGAAUUGGAAUCUAAUAGGGACCAUACUGAAGUGGCCAAAUGUAAAUCUAAGGAACUAUAAAGAUGAACAGUUGCACAGAUUUGUAAGGAGAUUACUGUAUUUUUACAAGCCUAGCAGUAAGCUAUAUGCCAACCUGGAUCUGGAUUAUGCCAAGGCUAAGCAGCUCACUGUGGUGGGCUGUCAGUUUACUGAGUUUCUUCUUGAAUCAGAAGAGGAUGGACAAGGUUACCUGGAGGAAUUGGUUAAAGAUAUUGUACAUUGGCUCAACUGUUCAUCAGGAAUGAAACCUGAACGUAGUCUUCAAAAUAAUGGAUUACUAAAUACCCUUAGCCAGCACUACUUUCUGUUUUUUGGUACUCUCUCUUGUCACCCUCAUGGAGUGAAAAUGCUUGAAAAAUGUAAUGUGUUUCAGUGUCUUCUUAAUCUUUGUUCUCUAAAGAACCAGGAUCACUUGUUAAAAUUGACUGUUUCUAGUUUGGAUUACAGCAGAGAUGGGUUAGCAAGAGUCAUACUUUCUAAAAUCCUGACAGCAGCUACUGAUAGCUGCAGGUUGUAUGCAACAAAACACUUACGAGUAUUAUUGAGAGCGAAUGUAGAGUUCUUCAGCAACUGGGGGAUUGAGUUACUGGUGACCCAGUUACAUGAUAAAAAUAAAACUAUUUCUUCAGAGGCACUUGAUAUUCUGGAUGAGGCAUGUGAAGACAAGGCCAAUCUUCAUGCCCUUAUACAAAUGAAACCAGCUCUUUCUCAUCUUGGAGACAAGGGUUUACUUCUGCUUCUAAGAUUUCUGUCCAUCCCAAAAGGGUUUUCAUACCUAAAUGAAAGAGGCUAUGUAACAAAACAAAUGGAAAAGUGGCAAAAGGAAUACAACUUAAAGUAUGUUGAAUUGAUUGAAGAACAACUUAAUGAAGCACUUACAACAUACCGCAAACCUGUUGAUGGUGAUAACUAUGUUCGUCGGAGCAACCAAAGAUUACAGCGACCACAUGUCUACCUGCCCGUUCAUCUUUAUGGCCAACUGGUGCACCAUAAAACAGGCUGCCAUUUAUUGGAGUCUCAGAGUAUUGUUACAGAUCUAAGUUACACAGUUCGCUCCCCAAUGCUGGAUAAGUGGGAAGGAAUUAAGCAGCUGAAAGCAGCCCUUUGGGCCUUGGGCAAUAUUGGAUCGUCAAAUUGGGGUCUUAACUUGCUGCAAGAGGAGAAUGUAAUUCCUGAUAUAAUGGCACUUGCCCAACAUUGUGAGGUUCUCUCUGUUAGAGGAACCUGUGUCUACGUGCUUGGUCUAAUAGCCAAAACUAAACAAGGGUGUGACAUUUUGAAGCAUCACAACUGGGAUGCAGUGAGACACAGUCGUAGACAGCCUUGGCCAGUGGUCCCUGAUGACAUGGAGCAGCUCUGCAAUGAACUUUCUUCCAUACCCAGCACUCUUAGCUUGAACUCUGAGUCUACCAGUUCUAGGCAUAACAGUGAAAGUGAAUCUGCUCCUUCAAGUAUGUUCAUCAUGGAGGAUGACCGUUUUGGUAGUACUUCCACUAGUGCAUUCUUCUUAAAUAUCACUGAAGAAGCAGAACAAAUAUUUUAUGACAGACCUGGGCCUUCAAAGGACAAAGACCGUAGUCCCUUUCCUUUCUUUUCCUCUAGCAGACUUGUGAAAAAUCGCAUUCUAAACUCUCUUACUCUGCCUAAUAAAAAACACAGAAGUAGCAGUGAUCCAAAAGGAGGAAAGCUGACAUCAUCUGACAGUAAAUCAGGACUGAGGCGAAAUCGUACAGUAACAGAACCUUCCAGUAGCAUAGACUUUCCUGCUGUGGAAGAAUACAACCCUGUUUUCAGAGUUCCUAAAAUCCAGACUUUACGAUUAGAAACUUCUUUUGUUGGAAGUAAGCACAUGGAAGAUACAGAUAGUACCCCAAGUAUUGGAGAAAAUGAUCUGAAGCUGCCAAAAUGUCUUGGAAACGAAAUUCACCGGGAAAACACAAGCAGAGAAAAGCUGAUAGGAGAUGGUACUACACAAACACAUUUCAAGAGUCGUAGCUUAAGUUUCAAUACAGAUACCACAACAAGCGGCAUAAGCUCAAUGAGCUCUAGCCCUUCAAGGGACACUGUAGGUGUGGAUGCUACAAAUGUAGAUACUGACUGCGGAAGUUUGAGUACUGUGGUAAGCACAAAAACUGUUAAACCAAGUCACUGUUCAACACCACAGUCUAACCACCUGCCUCUCUCAAAAUCUAACUCUGUAUCCCUGGUACCGCCAGGGUCUUCUCAUACACUUCCCCGAAGAGCCCAGUCUCUUAAAGCUCCUUCUCUUGCUAUGAUAAAAAGUCUUGCUGACUAUAAUUUUAGCUACACAAGUUCUCGGGAUGCCUUUGGCUAUGCUACACUAAAACGCUUACAACAGCAGAGGAUGCAUCCUUCACUGUCUCACUCAGAAGCCCUAGCAUCACCGGCAAAGGACGUGCUGUUUACUGACACUAUCACCAUGAAGUCUGGCAGCCUGGAUUCUCGGCUAACCCCAAGCCGGUUCAUGAAAGCUUUAAGUUAUGCUUCAUUAGAUAAAGAAGAUUUAUUAAGUCCUAUUAACCAAAACACACUUCAGCGUUCAUCUUCAGUCCGCUCCAUGGUUUCUAAUGCUACAUAUGGUAGCUCUGACGAUUACAUUGGCCUUGCUCUCCCAGUGGAUAUCAAUGAAAUAUUUCAGGUAAAGGAAACUCCAUAUUUCCAGAAGAAAACCACACCUCCAUUUGAUGACCGUGGAGCUAGGGUCUUUGCACCUGAUGCAGGCGGUCUCCCAUCAGGUCCAAGUGAUGUUGUCAAAAGCCCUUUUCAGAUGCUUCGACAGCAGAUCAGUCUCACAGAAAUAAUGAAUACUAGCCGUUCAGAUGCUUCUCAGUUUUUAGAAAAUACAGAGGAUACAGGAUUACAGGAGCACACAGAUGAGAACUGCCUUUACUGUGUCUGCAUUCAAAUACUGGGUUACCAGCCUAACAACAAAGUAAACUCUUCAUAUAGUCGUACAGAUUUUUCAGACAUUCCUUAUACUGACUGGUGUGGGCAGACCAUACACAAUCACUUAGAUGUGCAUUCCUCCAAAUUUUCUGGAAUUUCAGGCUGUAGUGAUGCAGUGUCCCAUGGUUCAGCUAGCAGCACCAAGAGUACAGAGCUUGUACUAGGAGUAAAAUCAAUCCCAGAUGAUACACCAGUGUGCAGAAUACUUCUGCGUAAAGAAGUCUUACGCUUAGUAAUCAAUUUGAGUAGUUCAGUAGGAACUAAGGGCCAUGAGACUGGACUCCUGACAAUUAAGGAGAAGUAUCCCCAAGCGUUUGAUGACAUAUGCCUUUACUCUGAGGUAUCCUACUUGUUAGCACAUUGUACAUUUCGACUUCCAUCUCGAAGGUUCAUUCAGGAGCUAUUUCAAGACGUACAGUUCUUACAAAUGCAUGAAGAAGCAGAGGCUAUUUUAGCAACACCAUCAAAACAGCCAGUAAUCAAUACAUCAGCAGAAUCCUGACCUCUGUCUCACACAGUGCAUUGCAUAUAGACUUCCUGAAGUGUUCAGACAACCUCUGACUGGAUAAAAAGCUUGGAGCAUCAUCUUCUAGACUGUUCCAGAAGCUAUUGGUACCUGAAGACUGAACUGAAACCUUUUUCUUCCUCAACAAAUUACUGCCCCAGUCUUUUGAGCCCUUUGGGGAGUUAUUAAACAUUACCAUAGUUUUAAUAAUAGUAAUUACCAGUAUAUGCAAGAGCCGAGCACUGAACACCUCCACAAGUUUUCAUUUCAUUUUCUACCAUAAAUUAAAAAAGAGGACAACAUGCAGAGACAUCUUUUUUGAUUGACUUCUGAGUCUGUUCCAGAGAAGCAGAACAAUGCCUUGCUUUUUAAAACCUGGAUACCAGGAAUCAGAGAUGAGGGUGCAUUCCAUUGCCAGCAAUGGGGAGCCAUGCUGUAAUCAUGGACACCAGGGGAUUAAUGUUAGCCUUUCUGUGUUGGUUUUUGUACUGUUUAUAACACUACUUUGGGGGUUUGUAACUUCAGACAGAAAGAAAAGCCUCUGUGAAUCUGAGGUUUCCUUUAAGUUAUUUUAAUAUUGCUGUAGUUGUAAGUCAUGUUAGUAGCAGUCUCUCCAAUUUCAUUACAUUUACGCACAUGUUCCUUUUCUGAACCAGUUUAAGGGUUUUCACUACAGUUUGAUUUUAAGAAUAAUAAAUCAUUUAAACUUAAGAUGCUGAAAUUAGAUUGUUUUCCCUGAAUGAUAUGCAUGUGUUUGCAGUUUCUAAACUCAUGCUCAUGUAGUAUGAAUGCUGGUCUUACUCUUAACUAAAACUCUUCAAAGAGCAUGAUUUGUAUCAGGUAAACUAAUAUUGCGUAAAGUAAACUUGAAGUCAUUUAGUCAUUGCUGCUUUUGUGAGAAGACAUAAUAGGAGUUUUUUCCAAGUUCCAUGGAAACACCCUUUUAUAAAAACAAAGGUUUUUUUGAAUUUUCCAUGGAUGAAUGAUCAAGCAUCAGAUAGUACUCAUAACUGUAGUGAAAAGCCUUAAGUACCAAAUUUUGGAGCAGCAGUACUUAUAAUUUUAUACUGGUGUUUAAGACUUGUUGCAAAUGUUAAAUGAUACAGUGACUGUUAAUGACUGAAAUAGUUGCCUCAAUCACAUUACUAGUGAGGUUUCUAAAUUAGUGAGUGCAAGCUUAAAGUAAGAAACCCUGUCACUUUUGUCGUGAAUCUAAAGAUUCAGAAGCCUUUUUACAAAGGUAAUAUAAAUAUAUGCAAAUGUGUAUAUACAGUAGCAUGGUCACCUUUGUUAGAAUGCCUAUAAUAGAAGGGAUUACACUUUGAUUUUGAUAUAGGUAAUUCAGCUGGACUGUACUAAGUAGAACAUAUUUUUAUCCAUUCACUUUUGCCAUUUUUUAUAAUUGUCAGAUUAAUACUUAAGUGAAGAUAAAUGACAUUUAUCCUCAUGCUCAUAACUCUGUUCUUGCUAGCUAUGCUACUGGAGAUUUCAGUAAGUAGUCCUGUGAACAGUAAAACACAAUUCCUAGUGAAAUGCAGAAUUUGUUUGUUCUUACUGGAAAUUUCAUCUUGCCACAUAAGCACUGCUUUGCAGCUGUCACUUCACUGAGUUAUGUGCACUGCAUACCAUCAGGUUCUGGUGAAGCAGAUUAUAAAUUGCUGCUCAUAGUCAAAUUUAGUUCCUAAGAUUAUAUUUUCAUGAGUUCCCAUUGAAAGAAAGAGCAAAAAGAAUCUGAUUCAGCUAUGGUCAGUGACACAAGUAAUAUAUCUAUAUGUCAAGACAUGUUUGAAAUGCUCUGAAAACAUACCACACCAGUAACUAUUGGACUUCUCUGGUCAUAAGAAAUGUUUCUGUAAAACCAAAAUGUCAAUCACAGUAGUCCAAACAGCAGUAUAAACUCCAAAGGAAAUAAUGUAGUUUUCCCAAAAAUGGGGCUAACAUAUGUUAUACAGUAGUUUCAAACACUACCUCAGUUAGGCUAGAGUAUAAGAGAUUUGUUUUAAUAACUAGAUGGGGUUACAUCAAACAACUCCGUAUUAUUUUUCUGCAGUUAAAGUAAGUUUUAUCACCUGUAUUUAAAAAACCACCUUUGUUCAUUUGUUACCAGCUUAACCCAUAGCACUUAAUGUAGAAAGCGCCAUAGGAAGGCCUCUAGUUAUAAAAAGGUAAGCAAAAGCAAUGUCAAUAUACUUUUGAAAAAAUCUCCAUCCUGAAAUGCUUUUGUGUUCUGAAGUACUCGCUUGUGUGGGGAUCCGUAACAACAGAAACUUGAUGUACAAAUUAUGGCUGCAAAUUCAGUUGUACAAAGUAAUUUUUUUUUUCCUAAAGUGUAUGAGUGUCAGAGAUUUAAAGAUGUAAAGUCUGUACUGUACAUAACAUACAACAUUUCUAGAAUUAAUUUACGUAUUUACAUGAUGCUCACAUUAAUGUUUCAUUUUAAUUGGCAAAUGAAGGGAUACUGUUACUGAAGGAAUUUUGUAUUGGCCUAGUUAUAAACUGUGAAUUUCUAAUUCUGUAGAUCUCUUUUUUUAAAAAAAAAAUAUCCCUUUCAAAGUUCUUAUUUUGGGGUUUUAUUUGCUUCAUGAUAAAACUUCAGAAGAAAACAGUAGGAAAUAAUUGUGCUUAUAUUACCCUUAAUAAAUAAUCCUUCCACUUCCCCUGGAAGGGUUUACAAGGGAAGCUGACAGACCACCCAUUUUGCAUUUUUCCAAUCUAAAUGAUUGGCAGUUCUGUCGAAUGAAUGGUAAAACGUAUAGUGUUUACUUACACUGUAUGCGAAUAGAGUUUGGUUGCUGUGGCAAAGAAAACUCCUGAAUGAUUCAACAUGCUAACACAAAAUACUCAGCUCUGGGGUGAAAGCCUUUGUGGGAAGGAGAGGCUGGCUGUGAAACCCAUUGCAUUUAGUCUACUACCUUAGCUGGCUAAUUUUGUCUCCUUUUACAAGUCAGUGGAAAGGGGAUAGUCCUUUCCAGAGGGCAAAGACCUAACUAAAGGUCUCCCAGUUACUUUCCUGAAGGCCUGUUUCUCUCCACUGAGUGAGAAGGAUAACAAAGCUAGGUGCUGUGAGUGUCCUUUUGGAGAGGGACCUUUUCAGCUGUCUGAAAUUCAGAGAUGCUGAAUGCUUCCAGUUGUCAUGGACAUCACUUGGAGCUAGAGAUGGUCAGGCUUUGAGGUGCCUAACUUCUGUGUUGGACCUCUGGCACACUGUGCUUGAAACAGUCACUUUUCCUCAUCUGACAGUUCUUAUUUGACCUGACACGUACCUUAAAUGUGCUUUCACUGGGUUUUGUUUUUUCCUAAGACAGAAUGAAGUGCUAAAGUAUUCAGUAGUUUAGAGCACAGUGGCUUGGCCCAGUGAGGUUAGCUGCCCUUAUAAACAUUUAAAAAGACAGGAGUGAGAAUUCUGCUCAUCUUUUUGUCAUUUUAUUUUGAAAUUUACGUAGUGGUCUUGAAUGAGAGUUGUAAUUUGCAGUGAGAGACUGAAAAAAACUAUAGCACCUUUACUGGCCAGAGAAAGGUCACUGUUGGAGAAAUGGGAAUAAUCAAAGGGUAGUCAGAGAUGAAAGAGUUGUUGCUGCUUCUUAGUCUGUGUUGUGGUCUUGGUAUUAGUCUGUUUGGACUGCAGGAAGCUGGUGUUGCCUUGUAAGUGAACGCGAGCUCAAGCUGAGAAGUCACGGUGGAAGAAUUCUUGCCAGGCUCCGGCACAUCUCUGAGGUUCCUGCUCACUUCCUGGCAGGGCUGUGCAGAAGUCCUGUUACCUCAGAGCUUCACCGGAGCCACUUGAAAGAAGGCCGUGUAAUUUUUUUUUUUUUAAGUUACACUUCUAUUAUCAUGUGCUUACUAAAGGUAUAAUAGAGGAGAGUAAAAUAUGAGAACUGUAGAAGACGUGCUAGGAACAUGCUAGAAACCCUCAACUCCUUGGUUUUUAACUCCUGAUUUUGGUUUCUUGGAUAGUUUUAUUUUCAACAGAUGUGUAUGUUCAGAAAAGAAUGUCAGUUUUCUUUGGACUAUUUUUGUAACGUAGGUGGACAUCAAUGCCACAGCAUGCAGAAAUUGCACAUUUUGCUUGAGUUGCUUUGUAAAAUACACUAUUUUAUUUGAGAAAUGUAAUUUAUGCCAAAAAGUGUAACAUGCUAUUUUGCCACUGAAUAGGGUGUUUUAGCACAAGGUGCAAUGUCUGAGGGGAGAAAGGGUAGACACUUUGUAGAUUUAUUUGAAAAAUUUUUCCAAUACUGGGCUGUCAGCACCCCUGAAACUGCAUUACAAGAGAUUAUCUAAAUUAAUCAUUCUGAGGAGGGAGGGGAUCAAGGAAAAUUUCAAGAUUUAUUCUUCCUGUCCUGUGUGGUCUUUUUUUUAGUAAUACGCUGCUACAUAUUUGGAGGUUCUAGUGUUUGUAGGUCACUGAACAGACAUUGAAAUCUGAUUUAUAUUGUAUACCUGUAACAUAGAAAGAAAAAGUAUUUAUAUAUUUUCCGUAAGAAUAUUGCAUUGAGCUGUGUAUAAUUUAAACAGAGGCUUGUCUCAAAAUGGUAUUGCCCACCUUGAUUUUUUUGUGUUUUUUCCUGUUUUUUUGUAUAGUGUGUACAGUUCAUGUCAAUGGGCAUUAAAAGCCUCCUGAAGCAUAAUCUUAUCAAAGGGAUGCAUUGUUAAUAAACUGUACUUAAAGUUCU